AGGACGCGUGGUCCCAGAACUACACUAAGAACCCAAGUACCUACUUAGUUGACUACCUCUUGUUGGUCCUCUGUAGUUCUCGCUUUUGUUUCGUUUUAAACCCGCAAUAUAGAACCUCCACGUAAGACUCAGACAAGCAGCAAUGUCGCUUCUUGUUCUUGUGCAAGAACUACAUAAACGGCGUGUACAAGACCUUUGGCGCAGCAGCACCACGAAGGGAACUUCGUGUUCCGCCGCCGUCCUCGCAGGAGCACUUCUGUGCGGCUUUCUCUGUGAACAAGGUGAACACGACGCGUUGUUGGGUCGUUUUUCUAAUUUCCGUGGAGUUGCGGCGGUUGAGGUCCUCGUGAAGACUAGAACAAAGAACACUCACACUGCUCGUCAACAUCUAUCCAGCGUCGACUUUCUUGGCGAUUGCUUGCCGCGUCUGGAAAACGACCUCGCGGAGUGCAAACGUUGCUGUUCCGGAGCGCACGUUUACAAGUGCACCGGCAGAUGUCCGAAUAAAGAGGCAAACAAGGCAAAAAAGGCGCAACAGAAAAAAAACUGCAACAGUGCCUGUGAAACGGAAUUUGAAGAAUAUCAAAAAACGUUAACGACGCCGGCGCCAGCGCCGAGUGGUGGUGACAAUACUGGUACAUCAACGACGCCGACCCCAACGCCUAGUGGGAGCGAUGGCACUUCUGGUAGCACCACGCCGACACCGACACCUAGUGCAAGUAGUGGUGAUCAAAACUCCGGUGACGGAUCUUCGGCAGAUGGUGGUGGUGAAGCGUCCGCCGCCGGGGCUGCUACAGGCAGAAGCGGCGCCCCGCAUAUGGAAGAGGCAAACUGUGUGUUUUCUAGUUGUGUAAGCUGUUUAGUGCAAGACGAAGACAGCGGAAAUGCAAAUAAGAAUAACUUAUCAUGCUGUGGCUGUGCAGAUGGUGCGGACGUGCAGUACGUGAAUUAAGAAUAAUAUUAUACUAUAAUAUUGUGUUUUUACAACGCACACACACUAGAUGAAUUAUGGCCCCUGCAUACCUUUUACAAACCAUGAACAUGAUGACAGACGCUUACAAACCAGAUUGAUGAACCCUCGUGCAUGUAGCUUCUCAUGGCCACACACUUCAUACGCAACUAGCGCAGUAGUUUUUUGUUUUCUUGCAUACCAGAGGCAGGGGGCUCCGUGGACUUUACAUCGCAAGGCGGAGCAGGGAGUAACACAAAUAGUGCCGCGAAGAACUCUCCACCUCCUUCUACUGGGUCUUGCGGUUCCAAUAUCCACUGCAAAUAAUAUAUCUGGGUCCGGAAUAAACUUGUGAUGCAGGUUUGCGUUUGGCAAUCAUGAGGACUUGUUUGAAUUGACGGCCAAGCAUGACAAGUUUUUGAGUUGUUAGGUGUAGUUGAUGCCGAUUCUGCAUGGCAAACUGCGUUCUUUCCGGAUGACAACAAAAUGGGGCGACGUUCACGUUUGCGUAACGUGCAUGACAGACUUGAGAGAUGUCAUGGUCACUCGUCUGACCGAACAACAUGACAACUCUUGCAUGAUUCUUCCAGCACCAGAUGACCCAGAUCGAUCUUCCCAAUGCAUACCCAACACUACGGUGAUCGUUGUCGUGGUGGUCGUCGCGCUGGUGCUACUUGUGGGCAUCGGUCUGAUUCUCUUCAGGUUGAGCGACGGAGGAGACUACUACUCGCCCGACGACUAUUACGCGCCGGAAGACGCUUUUAACUACUCGCAAGGCAAAGGCACCCGGGGCUCGAUGAUCAUGGGAACCAAGGGCGGUUAUCCUGUGCAAAAGUAUCGUACGCGUAGUAAUUGCGUUGAUGCAUGACAAAUCUCUUUCUCAAGGUAAAUCAGCAUUCCAAAUUCGAUUUGUAAUGCUGCGCCAAUUUGUAAUGCUAGUACGAUAGGAUACUUUUGCGAUGCAUAGGUUUUUAUCAAAUGCAAAUACCAGUCUGGGGUCUCGGGACGAUGAAAGAACUUGUGAUGCUGCUGAACUCUGCCUGAUUCUGAUUACAUUUGCAACACUACAACUUCCGGAGGCAGCUACGCAGAUGAAGUUUGUGGAGCGUGUUCUCAUGCAAGGAUGACGUCGAUUCGUUUUCGUUUAAAGCAACGAACCACAUGGUUCCCAAACUAACACUAGGAGGUGGACUUUUCUUCUUGGUCAUGCAAAAACAAUACUUAAUUUACAGGAGAUUUAAUCUGCAGCGCUUAGAGGAAUGGAAGACGAGCAUCACAAGUUCCAGUUUCCCAGACCCACAUCGAUUUCCAGUUGAUACGCCAACAUGACGCGGCCGUCCAAAGGGGGUUACGGAAACAAAGGGGACAAGACCUACGGAGGUGGCUACGGAGGAGGUGGAUACUAUUGAAGGCGACAUGAUGGAGCGGAAUCAAUUUUUUCGUAUGUUGUUUCGUGUAUUCGUACACUAUCCGCUCUGUCGACUAUCCUGCAUACUUUUCUUUUCGUGUUUAGACUUUGACUGAACAUCCAAGCCUUUUAGAUUACCCCGCAUGAAGAUAUUAACGGCUGUGUUUCAAGCUCCCCUCAAAACAAGACAGAAGAUGAAGAUAGGCGUAAGAGGCCCACGUACAAGUACAGAAAAA